AAAAUAUGGUAAGAGUACCGGAGUGAAUACGUGUGUUUGGCGGUGUUACAUAUUUCAGUUUAAUUAAAAACAUUCGAUCGAAGUUAUUUAUUCCCCUGUGAAUUUUCAAUUGAUUUAUCAUUUCAAUUUUAAUUGGAUUGAAAAGUAAGGAUAAUGAAUUCAAUUCACAUGCUAUUGAUAUCAUUGCUUUUUGUAUAUACAAAAUCAGAAUUCACUUCAAAAGACUGCCGAGAACUUGGAUUCAUAAAACCUCAGUUGUUUUGCUCGUCGUGUGAUAGUUUAGGAGAAUAUGGACUAGACGAAUUGAAGGAUCAUUGUCGUGAGUGCUGUCAAAAAGACGUUGAAGGUAAUGGAAAACUAAAAGUUUACCCAAAAGCAGUACUGGAAGUGUGUACCUGCAAGUUUGGUGCGUACCCGCAAAUUCAAGCGUUUAUCAAAAGUGACCGACCCGCCAAAUUUCCCAAUCUAACAAUUAAAUACGUGCGUGGUUUGGAUCCAAUGGUGAAACUGAUGGAUGAAUCUGGUACCGUGAAAGAAACCUUAUCAAUUACGAAAUGGAACACCGACACCGUGCAAGAAUUCUUCGAAACAAGGCUAUCUAAGAUUCCGGUGGACAGUGAUUAUCUUAGAACAAACAAAGUAUAAAUAAAUAUAUUCAAAUAAUUUUUUCGUUAAGCAUACCAAA